AUGGCGCCCAUUUCCCAUUUCCGUGUCAUCGUGUCGAGCCUCGAGAUGCUCUACUCCGUCGCGCCUCGCGCGGGAGUCCGUGCGCGCGGCGUGCUCCCCGCAGCCAUUCGCCGCGGGGGAGCCGCGCGGCCAAACACGCACGCGCCCAGGGAGACCGAUGAAAGGCUCAGAUUCAACCCCAAGGGGCUUCCGCACCCGCUGCGGUCGGGGCUCGGGUUCGGCUCGAACAGGCGCGGGAUGUCCAACGGCGCCAUAUUCGGCCCCGGGACGCCGGUCAAGGAGGAGGAGACGGGAGACGAGGAACGGGCGGAACCCGACAAGGCGGAGAAGAACGAUGGCUCAUCGCCGAGGCGCCGUCCGUUUUUCAGAAGAGACGCGAGGAACGGAGACGCGGACGACGUUACGCCCGUCGCCGACGCCGAGGCACAAAAACUGGGGUCCAUCCUCUCCACCCGCAUCAACCCCAACACCGGCGACGCGGAGACCUUCUCCGUUUUUCGCGGUGCGCGGGAUGGGGAGGAUCCGGAUCGAGGAGGAGACAUCAUGGGAUUUGACGAUUUGCGUGCCUCGGCGAUUGACGCGAGGGACGCGGUGCGCGACGGCUUGAUGGGCGCCAAAGACGGCUUGACGGGCGCCGCCGAGGAUUUCGCCGAGAGGGUCGCCGCGAAGGUGAGGAAGUUCAAGAGCAAGUCACGGGCGCUGACGCACCCGCCUCUGCCCGUCGUGGAGACGUUCGAGGAGCUCCUGAGGUUUGCCCGCAUCGCGGUUCUCAACGGAGAGGAGCCAGAGACGAUUCGCGAGUUUUUCGCGACGACGCGCGAGGAGGUGACGGUGAUGGACCUUGACCGCGUGCAGCAGCGGGUGUUCGUGGCCACCAACCACACCACGAAGACGCACAUCAUCUCGUUCAGGGGAACCAGGAACCUCACGAACGUGGUCCAAAACAUCCGACUGAGCUCGAACCCGGUGACAGCCUCUGGUCGACUCGCCAUGGUUGGCCGGUCCCUAUCCGGAUCCUUCUCGUUCCUUCGAGGUGCGGGCGCCAAGGACUCGAACGACAGCAGCGGAAGCGGAAGCUUCGAUGAGGACGACGAGUGCGCCAACAUCGACUUCGAGGCUGAUCCCAGCGAGUUUGCGCGCAGGGGAUGCACGGACCACCUCCCCAUGCACCGCGGCUACAGGGUCGUCGCCAAGGAAUGCGUCGACACCAUCGCCCCGCACAUCGUGCCUGGCUACACCAUCCAGCUCACCGGCCACUCCCUCGGCGGCGCCGUCGCCGUCGCCGUCGGGCUCCUGUACAAGACUGCCGGGAUCGAGGUCGGCAAGGUUGUCACGUUCGGCGCCCCCAAGCUCGGGCCGCGGGAGACGAGGGAGGCGGCGGCGCAGCUCAACGUCCUGCGCGUGGUCCAGAAGGACGACAUCAUCCCCUUGCUCCCCAUGUCACGACCGUUCGUGCGUAAGCCGUACGUCCACCUCGGCGAGGGGAUCAUGCUCGACAACGACGUCCCGGGUAAGUACGCGCCCCUCACCAGAGAGUGGGGCAACGCGGGUAUCCUCUGGAGGCAGCGAGCGCACCUUCGAUACGCCGCGGGCGGCGAGGAGAAUUCCCCCCCGACGGAACCCGAAGACGACGACGAUUACCGGCCGGCCGUCGACGCCACGAUGGACGCGGCGGAUACAUCGCCGGCACGGCGCGCGAGGUGGUGGCAGGCGCGAAGGCGACUCGCCAACCUGCGAACGGCGCUCCGCGAGGCUAUCGACCGCCGCCGUGAAAAGGCAGCCGCGCUCGCGCCGGCCCCUUCCGCGUACGCCGCGAUGUCGUCCCCAUCCGGGGCCCUCGCGCUCUCCGCGACGAGCCUCGCCGCGCCCACCACGCCGGACACGGAGUGGGCGGCGGAGGUUGCCGAGUGGGCGCACGUCCCGGCCACCGCCGCCGACGCGAGCGCGGCGGCUGAGGAAAUUGCCCCGUUUGACGACGUCGAGGGCGAACUCUUCGUCCGAUUGGCGGAGACGGAGGGGGGCGCGAACGCGGCGGCUGUCGCGGCGGCGAGCGAGUGGGAGCGCGCGUCCGCGUCCAUGUCCGACGACGAGGCGGAGAUUUCCCGAAUCGGAGCCUCGAAGGGGGAGUCAUCCGCCGAGUCCGCCGCCGAGUCCGCCGAGAAGGCUGUCGCGCAUCACCGCGAGGGACCGACCAUCUUCCAGCGAUUGUGGCAGCUCAGGGGCAUGAGCGCGGAGGAGCGCAAAGACCGGCUGGAGUGCCACAGGAUGAGGCGGUACGUUCAAGCGCUCGAGGCCGCGAUGGAGGCUGGGCCCGUGCAGACUUCGUUGGCGGGGGUUUACACCGGAAGCGACGAGGACGACGUGGGCCUGGACAUGGAGGAGGAAGACGACGACGCCACCUCGUUGGGGUCCGUCGCCUCCUGGGUCAACUGGACCCGAUGACAUCGGUUGUAACACAUUCUUUCGUCUUGAUCAACAGAGAGCGGCGCUCUGCUCGCACAGUUGAUAUGUAAUGCAGGUGAAAUAGGUGAAUAUAAUAGGUU